CUUUCGUAUCCGUUUUAUUGCUGUUUACAAUUUUUAAUAUAUUCAUUAUUCAUAAAAUAUUAAAGACAUUGUGUAUAUACGUGCAUUUAAUAAUGUAAGAGUGUGUUUGUACUUUGUCAUGUCAUUUUAUACUUGGAGUGGGAUUUACAUGGAUGUAGGUAAUAUAGAUAACCUUUGGACUUAGUUUUAUAAUGUGUAAUUGUCGUUCAUACAGUGAAUAUUUCUUAUUCUUGGUACUGUCAUUAACUUCAUACUACAUUUUCAUUAUGAAUACCGCAGGAGAAACGAUGGCAAAAAAUGGGCUAUUAUUUGUGUCUCAUGCUGCGAAAGCGCACAGUGUGUGCCAAAAAGCUUCUAAACAUGUUCAAAAAACAUUGUACAUAAACUUUAUGAAGAACACACAAAACUCAUUGCCAGUAGUCAGUAAAGAAAUAGAGCAACUGUACACCAAGGCUACAUCCGAGUGCAUUAAUUUAGAUGUAAGACUGAUGCUGAAGCCAACUGAAGCUGCGAAAACUAUAAAAACGAGUAAACCAAUAGAUAUUUUGCUGUAUGAUAGUGCCUUAACUAAUGAACUGGAAGAUAUAAAAAAAUCUGUAGCUACAUUAAAUACUGAUUGUAAACUUCAAAGCAUUGAUUUUUCAGAUGUAAGUCUAGGAGAUAUUAACACCAAAGAGCAAGAGGUAAAGACUUACGAAUAUGUAGCCCUUGGUGGAACAUUUGACCGCUUGCACAAUGGCCAUAAAAUCCUUCUAUCGCAAGCUGUUCUGCGCUCCAAGAAACAUGUUACGGUGGGCGUCACUGAUGUUAAUAUGAUUCAGUCUAAAAAACUAUGGGAGCUAAUAGAACCAGUGGAACAUAGAAUAAAGGCUGUAUUAAACUUCCUAACUGACAUCAAUCCAGACUUGGAAUACCAUGUGUUCCCUCUGAAAGACCUGUAUGGACCCACUAAAGAUGAUCCUAAGUUCCAGAUGAUAGUAGUCAGUGAGGAGACAGUCCGUGGGGCUAUGAAGAUCAAUGAGAAAAGGAAAGAAAACGGCCUUCAUCCAAUGGACACGUACGUCAUCAACUUGGCCGAGGACUCUCACCCUCAGAGGUCUCAGGAGGAGGAGCAGAAGGUCAGCUCUAGUAACCAGAGGAUGAGGCUGCUUGGGACUGUUCUGAGGCCUCCAGUACCAAAUCCAAAUAUUCCAGACUGGCCUUACGUAAUAGGACUGGCAGGUGGCAUUGCCAGUGGAAAAAGCAAUAUUGCAGAGAAGUUAAGGAAAAAGGGCGCUGGUCUAGUAAACUGCGACAUAAUCGCGCACGAUUUGUACAAGCCAGGCCUGCCGCUCAACGGCACGUUGGCUGACGCCUUCGGGCAGCACAUCCUCACUGAGACAGGGGAGGUGGACAGGAAAGUGCUGGGGCAAAUCGUGUUCAGUGACAAGGACCAGCUAGAGAAGCUAAACAGUAUAAUGUGGCCGGCAGUCCUCCAAGAGGCCCAGAGACAAAUCAGAGAGCUAGGCCAGCAAGGAUACCGCGUGGUGGUGAUGGAAGCAGCCGUGAUGGUGCGUGCCAAGUGGUACCACUCCUGCCACCAGCUGUGGUCGGUCAUCAUCCCGCCUGAAAAGGCGGUGAAAAGGUUGCAAAAGCGGAACAACUUGACCGAAGAGGAGGCACGGCAAAGAAUUGAGGCCCAACCCUCGAACGCAGAGCAAAUUGCCGCCGCGAAUAUAGUGUUCAGUCCAUAUUGGAGCUACGAAUACACGCAGGCGCAAAUCGACCGCGCCUGGGAUCAUUUACAAGAGCUUCUGAAGGAGAGAAAGUAAUAAAAUAGCAGUAAAAACCCUAGAACGUAAGUGUUAAGGUUUUAAUUACAAUGAGCGCGCUGUCUGUUUUAAAUCACUGGUCAUGACGGGAGUCUAGGAAAUGAAACACUCUUUAUGUAUUGCACAAAGCCGUAGUGUAGAAAAAAAAAAGCUAAAAAAGCGAACUUCUAGCUGAAGUUCAAAUGUUAUACGAUAAGGGCAGGUUUGGGGAGUUGACAGUUGACACCAUAUAUCAAUAAUGCCAACACAACAACGCAACGCAACGUAUUUAUUGGUGCUGUCAACUACCCCAUUAUUUUUGUUACAGUAAUGCCCGUUUUCACCAUCAAUCCCUAAUUUUUAAGUGACCCCUAUGGUAACACAUAACAUGAAUUUUGUUUUCAUAGAGGUCACUUAAAGAUUAGGGAUUCUGUUGUUUUCAAGCCCAUAUAAAAACUACCCGUUCAUGUCCAGUGGUUUUGAACAAGAAUGAAAAGUCAUAGGAUUUGAGCAUUAGCUUACGUAUUGUCGCAAUAUUAACGAAUAAGUUAUGUAAAGUGCCUUUAGCAGAAGAUUCGUUCAUGUUUAUUAGAUGAAAAAGCCAGCCUAUUGAAAUUUUAUUGCAUGAAAAAGAAAGUUCAUAUCCUAAACCCAAUCGCCUCAUGUAGUUAACUUUAAAUUAUAUGUAUCUGUUUUACUAGUAUUAUGUUGGAUGUAUAUACUUUUAUUAACUCAAUAAAGGUGAAAUGUACAAACCAUAUUUUUAUAAAAUCAGCAUGCCAUAAAACUAUUAAAGACGUCAUGGUAAGAAGAGUUAAUACAACUUUGCUAGAACUGAUCAUUCAUUUAUGAUUAUGACGGUCGCUUUCAUUAAUAACAUUUGUGUAUAAUGUCGAUAGCACAUCAGACUAUACAUUUUUGUUGCAUUAUAGCACCUAUUACAAUUGUUUUAGAAGCCAUAGUGUUUAGUUUGAUUUGCAGUCGUCUGUAAGUCCAUCACCGAUUCUUUAAUAUAUCCUCACAACAAUAAUUGUACAUGUGUAUCAAAAUGAAAGUCAGUACAAUGAGGUCUAUUGUUUUUGUGCUCAACAGUUGACACCACUGCCAAGUGACAGGACCUUACUCUAUGUAGCGCAAAUCCUACCGCGUCCGAGUUCACAAGUUUGCCUUUGCGCCACUGUAGUUUGGUUCUCACACUUGCUUGUGAUAAGACAGCGGCGCCAACUGGUGAGUUCUGAAGCGGUUUAAAUAAUAGUCCUCAUCACAUUAUGACGUAACCAGUCACGUGAACAGGUAGCAGUUGUUAUUAAACUUUUCUAAGCUGCUUAGCGCGCGGCAAUUAAAAGAAUAAAUAAUUAAAUUGCCAUCCUUGCCAACAUGAU